CAAACUGAGAGCGAUCGGUUGGUAGCCGGCUGGUCGCUAAGCUGAUAAGGUUGUUUUGUCGAGAUGUUGUGGUGUUGUCAUUGAAACAAUGAUAAAAAGGAACGUGAUGCCAGAGUUGACUGAUACACAUACUAUUCAGUUCAAUCUAGCAGUGAGUGGGGAGAAGAACGCAGUUGGUAUAGAAAUAUAAAGACGAAAACCCUGACAAGUGACACCCUGACAAGUGAAACCAAGGCAACCCAGCUUUACCAUGACACAACAAUAUUCCAGCAUGUUAUUUUGGAUUUGUUUAUUUGUAGCCUGUUGCAACGUGCUCGGAAAUAGUACCACAAUAGAUACAUCUGCAACGACAGCAUCGUCUGCACCAUCAACUACUCCUCCUCUGGGUACUGUUACAACGAACUCUGGUGGCGGCGGCGGCAGCAGCAGCGUUUCCUCUGGCGGAGCCACGUCAGUUGUCUCAAACACUGCUUCCGGUACAGCGGCGAGUGCUAGCGCUUCCAGUACCACAUCAAGCUCAGGCGCCACAACUCCGGCAGCAAAGGUAGUCAAUUGUAUAAACGGAACCAAAACUGGUUGGAGUAAGACACAGAAUGCCUCUAGCUCUUGUCAGUCCUCCACUUGUUGGGUGUUGGCAACCUAUGCAGACAAAGAAGUCACCCAAAUCAAGUUGAGUUGCGCCCCGAAAGAACAAGGCACGAAGUGUGACAAGGAUGAAUGUAAAUAUGCAAAUGAUUCUUGUGAAUGUUGCUGCAGCACUGAUAGCUGUAAUAAUGAAAACUUCGACGAGAAGUGCGAGGGAGCUCGUGCCAGCAGUAGAGGGGUGCGCCUGUCACCACCAUGGCUGGGCUUGGUGACACUUGUACUCGUGAUGAUGAAGACAUUGUAGGGUUGCACUGAUUAGUAGAUAUUUACAAUUUGUAAGAACUAUACGAGUGAUAAUUGUAAAAUGGAACUCAGAAACUGUAUUUUAUCGUCUUGUUUAUAAAGUAUCACUGUGAUUAUGGAUUUGACGCCAAAAGAGAAAGCGAGGUGACCACAACUGAUCAUUUUUAUAUAUCAGCGUAACACUAAAAAGUACAUAAUCGAAGUUUUUUCAAAGCGUUGCAGGCGGAUUCAGUGAACUUGAGCUGUCAACACGAGUAGGUGUAUUUUUGCGUGUGGAUCUUUCCAACAUGGACGUCACUGUGCCUGAUGUGCCUAAAUGAAAGUCACCUGUUCAGGAAGAAAACGUUUUGAUAUAUAUCCAUUAAUCAUAUCACCGGAAGCAUUUCGUUUUUCUGACCAAACUUUACAAUGCAGGAAUUUGAAAUCGUGUAAGUGGCGCGUUGUGUCACUGUUUUUUCUUUGGUGAUUGUUUAAAGAUGUUUUUGUCAUGUUUUCUAUGAUUGAACUAGGUCACUGGAUCAAGGUCACGAAUGAAGGUCACUACAUUUACGUUCAUUAUUGUUGUAAAUAUAGCUAUUGUAAAAAAUUUUAACGAUCUGUUCAACAGAAAAAUAUAAUUUUGAUACUUUUGCUAUUUAAAUGUUUAUGAUGUUUUUGUAUUUCAUAUGUGAAACAUGUCAUUUAAAAUCUUUAUUAAAUGUAAUAUUUAGCUCUUAAAUCGUAAGGCGCAGUAAGGCCUUUAAUGGAAUGCGCCAAAUACAAAUAAAUUAUUAUUAUAAUAAUUAUUGUUAAUGUUGAAAAUGAAUAAAAAUCAAUAGAAUAAAAUAUCUUAAAGUCAGUUCC